AUGGGAUUAUAUGAUCCAUCAAAAGACAAAAGUCUACCUGUGAAGGCCGAGGAUAUUGAGAAAUCAAGUUUCGAGUUUCCCUUAUCAGACCCAGUGAGAUCACUUUUUUCGAAGACAAAUGACAUCGCAUCUUCCUCCUUUAAUAAGAUGUUAGAUUUUUCGAAGAAUAUUUUUGGCUCCGAUGAUGAUAGCCAAUAUUCUGUUUUUGAUGACAGCUUUAGCCACAAUCCAUUUUUUAACACAUUCAGAAGUCUCUACGGAUCGGCUUCUAGGCCUAACGGAUUUGUGACAUACCCUGUCCCAAGUGUCGAGUUGUACUCAAAAUGCAAAAAGAUGGACGGAUUGGAGGCAUGGGAUUCUCGUGGAUACUGGCAUUGUAUUUUUCCAAGGGCAAAAAUUCCGGAGGAAGUGGCAAACGAUCCUGAAGGAUACAGCAAAGAAGAUGUGGAAGGUGACUUUGAUCAUAAGAAGUAUGGCAUAUUUUUCACAAACUUUAAUGAUUUGAUGGACUGGCAAAGUAAAAUGCGGGAGGUGAUGAAGAGUAAAAGAGAGAAGGAAUGGUCCAAGUACAGGACACAAGAGAAGUCUAAAUGGGACUUUUUGAACGGAGAUAUGCCAUCAGAUGAUAAUAAAGUUACUGGGCCAUUUGAAACAUCUGAUAAUACCGAUGUUUAUAACGUGCCAUCAACUGAACCAGGUGACAAGAAUUUCUUCAGAUCGACAGGAACGUCAUCAUCUACGAUCGUGAACACACUGGAGAACGGUGAUAUUGAAAAAACUACCAGCGUGAAGAGGUAUUUUGGUGAUGGAACCUCGGAGGAAAGAGAAUAUAAAGAAAUUAUCGAUGGGGAAACAGGAAAAUCAAAAAAAGUGGAUCAGAAAGUGGCUAAGUGUCCAAAUCAUUCCUCUUUGAAGAAGGGCGGCUGGUUUUGGAGCAAAAAGGACAAAAACAAUAAGAAAGACGAAGAUGACUGA